AGUACAGCGGGAUGAUGUCAUUGGUUGUGCAGACAAUGCGACGCGAACAAGCGCAUUGUUUUCCUGAUUCCCUUUCCACUCCUCCUCCUCUUCCCAUCCUCUUCUUCCCCCAAACCCAUCUCUAUAUCCCUCCCGAUGCGGAUCCUAGACCACAUUCUCUCUCGACUAGGCGGAUACUCCACCGCAGGAAUCUACAACGCCCUCAGAGGCUACGACGAAGACUACCUCGAUCCAGAGCUAGAUAUUGCGCUCGUCACCGGCGGAUCAAACGGCUUGGGCGCAAAUCUCGUCAAACGCCUGCGUGCUCGUCGGAUUCCUGUCGUUGUGCUUGAUAUUGAGACGCCGGAGUCGCCGACUGAUGGGGUUUAUUACAUCAAGUGCGAUAUCUCGUCGCGCGAGCAGGUUCUCGAUGCCGCUCAGGUUAUAAAGUCUGAGAUCGGAGACGUCACCAUCGUAAUCAAUAACGCAGCCAUCGCACAGGGCAAGACGAUCUUGGAUCUAACCUACGAAGAGAUUGAAAGCUGUCUCAAUGUAAAUCUUGUGUCCCAGUUCUAUACUGUCAAAGCUUUUCUUCCCGGAAUGCUCAAAAUGCGACGCGGAUACUUUGUCAUUGUCGCUUCCGUUAUUGCGUACAUCGGACCUGCGAAACUCAGUGCCUAUGCUGCCUCAAAAAGCGGUCUUCUAGGCUUAUACGAAUCGCUGACCUACGAAGUCGGUCCCAACGCCGACAACGAGUCCGGAGUGCACACCCUUCUCAUAACCCAAGGACAGAUGGCGACCGACCUCUUUGCCGGGGUGAGCAACCCGCAUUCGUUCGCUGCCUCAGUUCUCGACAGCAGCGAGGUCGCGGACCGCAUAAUGCUCGCGCUCUCGCGCAAGGAGCAAGGGCGGGUUAUGAUGCCGGCCUAUGCGCGGUUGAUACCAGUGAUGAGGUUAUUGCCUCGCUCGGUCGUUAGCGCGUUUAGGUACUGGAGUGAUGUCGACCGCGGCAUGGAUACUUUCCUGGGACAAAAGCCGAACGGAGAUGCUGCUGGGGCCGAAUAGCUGAUUUCUGCAUUGCUAACCAUUGUAUUGCUUGUAGCUCUGUUUAUUUGCUGACUGUUGACUGUUUUACUAUAAUGUACUUGCUGUAGUUACUCUUUGUCAUCACGAAUAUGGAUUGAUGAUUGCUAUAUAUUUAA